GGCAAGCGUGGUCCUGGAAAAUCCACACAGCCCUUAUUCUUGACCCUCAACUCAACACUCUGAGACUCGGGACAGCACUAGCACUUCGCGGGAGCGCGAAUUUUUGAGACUGAGGGUUAAGAUUGAGGGUUAAGAUAGGAAUUGGGAUUGGGACAGUUUGCCAUACUAACUUGUGUGGUAGUUAGCUUUGAGGUGAACCUCAGUUUUCACGGUGUAAAAUGUUUACUUGUUUGAGGCUCCAGUUUGUGGCUUUUUUUUUGUUUGUUUCUUUUUACUCAUACAUUCAUUACUUCCAGCACCACAGGUAGAUUACUUUGUAGUAACACUAGGUCUUAAAGGUGGCUGCUAGUGUGUAUUUUUAGUUUGACAGGUAAGAUUAGUGCAGCUGGAUAUCUUUCAGCUGGUUUUAGCUGCAGUGAGUCAGUGGGGAUUCUGAAGGAUUAGGAGGUGUCUUUUGUUUUGUUUGGUGUAUGAUUUGGCACCACUCGCAGCCCUUUUUGUCCCGUGCCUCACUGGACUUCCUCACAAUGUGCUUUGACUUGUUUGCACUGGGAAGGCCAUUAAAACAUUUAUAGAGGGACCACCAAUCACAGAGCUCCCUGGCCAAGGAACUGUAAGGUAAGAUCCUGAUAGGGCCCAAGAACUGGCACACCGCAAUGACAUGCAGGUAUUAUUAAUAUCAACGGCUAUGCCUGUGCAUUUCCUGCUGUGUACUUUUGGCAUGUGGGUGGAGUCCACACAGAAAUGCGGAAAACAUUCAGAAUCCACCCAGACAACCUCACCUGUCCUGCCAACUGACAGCUUCAAACCCUGGACUUUUUUUUUUGCCGUGGAGCAACAGCUCUGACCUUUGAACGACCAGCACACUUUCUAAGGAACUCAGUCAACAAAAACACUGCCCCAAUAUCUGAAGGAAUAUAUGAAGAAAAUGGCCUCUCCAAAUGGAAACAGUUGGGAGGAAUGGGACCUGUCAGGACAGAAACUGAAGUCCCUUCCUCAUGAUCUUCUAGCACAUGCUAGAAAAGUGGAUUUGCAGAGGAACAAACUGAAACGGAUCACUGGCAUCUCCAAAUUCACUGAUCUGACGGAGCUUAAUCUCUCCAGGAACAAGAUAAUGGAGUUUUCUCAGGAAAUACACAACCUGCAUAAACUAGAAAAACUCUACAUGAACCAAAAUAAUAUCAGAGCCAUUCCAGAGGGAAUCUUACCACACCUUAGAAGGUUAAAGUUCCUAAAACUCAGCACCAAUCGUUUGACUAAGCUUCCUUUAGAUAUAAACCACUGCACCAGUAUCACUUACCUUGACCUUUCCAAGAAUUGCCUGCAAAACAUCCAACCACUGGUUGGUCUCCCAAAACUGAAGGAGCUUUUGGUUGAGAAGAACCAACUGACUGAGCUCCCGUCCCAGCUCUUCCAGAAUGGUAGUUGUGAGUUGAUCACAUGUAAGGCCACAGGGAACCCCCUGAGGUGCCCACCAGAGGAGGUCUGUGCUGGAGGGGUCAUGGACAUCCAGAGCUAUUUCCGUCAAAUGGAGGAGAACCCAAACACACGCAGCGCCUGGACAGUCAAGACCAUGUUCCUGGGCUCCUCCAUGGCAGGGAAGUCCACACUAUGCCGCAGUCUAAAGAAAGGGAGGCCUGUGGUGGUUGCAGUGGAGGACCGGACCGAGGGGAUCGAGAUCACUCAGCUGUACACCCAGGGAGUCCGUUUCCUUUUCUGGGACUUUGCAGGGCAGGAGGAAUACUACCUGACACACCAUGUCUUCAUUACACCUCGGGCCCUUGUCAUCCUUACUUGUGAUUUAGCCAGCUACAGCACUGUGGACCCACAGUCUUUCAAAGACCAAGUGUGGUUCUGGAUGAACAACAUACAGUUGCGUGUGCCGGACUCAGUGGUCCUACUGGUGGGAACGCACUGCGACCAGUGCAGAGACCAGGAGGAGGUGAUGGAGAAGAAGAAGGAUAUCGAGGAGAAAGUCAGGAUCAUGUUGGCAAACAGGAAGAUGGUUUUAAAACACCAGAAGAAAAAUCUGGAAGAAAACAUGGACGCUUCUCUCUUCACGGACCAGCUGGACGAGCUGGACUGCCUUUUGGAAUACAAUCUGAAGGUUCUGGAUCUUGUAACCCUUGACUGCACAAAGACUGAGGAUAUUGAUAACCUCAGAAGUCAUAUUCUGAUGUGCAUUCAAACAGAGAACGAGUUUCUGUGUUCUAAGAGCAUCUUACCAAAAAGUUACGAGUCAGUGGAACAAGCCAUUCAUACACUUGUCGCACUACAACAAAUUCCCCAACAUGGUAUUAUUCUACUUGAAGAACUGGGUGAUUUAAUCCUAAACCAUGUUGAGCUGAGCAGAGAGAGUCUCUACUCCAUCUUGCGAUUCCUCUUGCGAUAUCUGCAUCGGAUUGGGGUGAUUGUUUGGUAUGAAGACACCAGUGUACUCAGUGACAAGGUGUUUAUCCAGCCUUCAUUCCUCAUCUCAAUGUUCAAGACCAUUGUGAGACAUGACCUGGUGCAGCAGCUGGAGGGCGUACCCAGAGAACUUCUCAUGCAGGAGGGGGCUCUGGUGAAACAGAAGUUUACCUGGGUGGAUGACUUAAAGUGCAGAGGCACCCUGCACAAUGCAGCCAUGCGCAUCUUGGUCCGCAGAGAGUUAGAGAAGCUAAUCAAGGAUGAUGACGACUUGGUCAGAGAGGUGGUAGGAACCAGAAAGGAGGAAGGCAUAAUACUCGCCCUACUGCAGCAUUUUGAGGUUUGCCUCCCCGCUCUCGUUGGAAGUUAUCUCAACCCCCAAGCACCGGUGUUCAUUCCUGGUGAGAAGCAGUGGGAGUCAGCCAAGGAGGCCAAAAAAGACCCAGAUGGAGCCUGUCUCUUCCCCAUCUACCUAAAGGAUGACCUCAUAGUCUGCCACAAGUGGGGUGAGGACAAGCAAGAUGACCUCAGCAUUCACGUGUACUUCCUUCCAGAGAUUCCUCAUGGCUUCUUCCACAGAGUGAUCAUCAAGACGUGCUCCCUGUACCCGACUUACUGGGCGGGGAGACAGCAGUGUCUCCUCUGCUGUGGAAACAGACUGGCUGUGUUGAGACAGAAGGAAAAAGAUGGCGAUCCAUUCAUAGAGAUACGCUGCAGGAGACCUGAGAAGGAUGAGGAAUUUCGGCAGUUGUGGGAUCUGAUCUUGGCGGUGAUGUCCAAGGUGUUUGUGUUGUCCAGGCAGUGGCCAGGACUGACUCAGCAGGUGCACACACCCUGUCCAGAGAGAGGCUGUCCACACUACUUCACCUGGCAGGACUGGCAGGAGCUCAACAACACUGACUUCUAUAACAUAGUGAAGGAGGAGAAGUUAGUUUGCCAGGGAGGACAUACACGACGGACGGAGCUGAUUUUUCCAAAAGUUCCUGUAUUGCAGUGAGGGGUCUGAUGAAAAUAACCUCAAAGGUGACAAACACAGCACAAUGAAGACGAGCGACUCCAAACCAGAGACGUCACAUUCUGCAGUCCCCACAGUUUGAAUGUGUCUUUGAGUGAAAAUUGGAACAGGGUCUUAAUUCUGUCAUUGUUGUAAAAGCAAAUAAAUAUGAUUGAUGACAUCAAGUUUAUGUGGCAGCUUGAUAUUUGAAAUUGUGGUUGCUGUUUGGUGUCACCAAAAAUGCUGCUUGUAUUUAUUUGCACCACUAAUUUAAUUAUUAUAAACAGAUGUCAAGAAUUCCCAACAUCCUGAAAUGCUUGACUCCACAUCAACUCAUCAGCUGACAGAGAUGUCACUUGUGAGGGCAGGAUGUCUCAUUUCCCCCAAAUAUUUGUCUUCUCAGUUUCUCCAUCUUUGCUUCUCUUGCUUGUACCUUGAAGGAGAUGGACCUCAACAGAAGUGAGAAAUGAGGACACAGUUCAAGGGAAACCGGAUCAACGGACAGAUGAAGCAAACCAAACAAACCUGCAAACAAGUUUUCGACGGGAAGGACAUUGAUGUACUGAAAAUACAAUAUUACUUUUGCAGCAGUGUUGCAGGAUUGAAAUCAUUUUUGGGGGAACAUUUUAAGUGAAGCAUCUUUUACCUUUUGUUGCAAAAUCAUUUCACUAGUGGCCAAGUUUACAGUAGCUAUG